AUGGGACAUCAGACGAUUUUGUUCCUGCUGGCUGCUUCUGGCAUCAUCAGCGGUAGCUUCGCCCUCCUUCCGUUGAACCCCGCUCAAUCAGCUCUGCGCCAGCACUCCUCGCCGCUGCGCCCCCUGUCCCCGUCCGGCCGGUGGGUGCUGCGGGCUCCUCCGGGCUCCUUCUCGGCCGAGGCGGCUCUCCGGCGGUCGGCCAGCGCCUCAGCGCUACUGAGCGAGCUGGAGGAGCAUCUGUCACUGACAUCACCAGACAGCAGUCAGGAGCUGGGAGAGAUCCUCGUGCCGGGCUGUACCCCUGCUGUCGUCAAGAAAUGUGACCGGAACAACACCGAACGCACCCUCACCGGGGAGUGCAAUAAUGUAGAGUCCCCGUACGUGGGCCGGUCUCUGACGGGCCUGGGACGGCUCAGCGCCGCCACCUACGCGGACCUCCUCUACUUCUCCCCCCGCUCCUCCUCGUCCGAGGGGUCGCCGCUGCCCGCUCCGGAGCGGGCCGCUGUCCCGCUGGCCGCCGCGCUCUCCGACAGCCCGCUCAGCGGCUGGGCGGCCGCCUGGUCCGAGUCGCUGAGUCGCGACCUGGCGCGCAUCGUGCCGUUCCGACUCCCGGACGGCAGGGAGCCGGACUGCUGCUCCGAGAGACACCCGGCCUGCCUGCCGCUGACCGUGGCCCACCGGUGCGUCAGCUUCGUGCGCGCGCUGCCGGCGCCCGAGCUGGACUGCGUGAUGCGGCCGGCGGCGCCGCUGUCUGCCGCCUCCUCCUACCUGGACCUGGAGACGCUGUACGGCAGCUCAGAGGAGGCAGGCAGGCGACUGAGGACGCUGAGCGGGGGCCGGCUCAGGGAUGAACUCGAACCGCAGCAGGAUGUUCUCGACCAGAUGGUUGAGUUUGAAGACGUUAAUAGCGCCAACCUUACCGGCCUUUCCGAGAUUGCUGUGAUUCAUCGUAACAAAAGAUCGCUUGGCCUUUCGCGGCUUGAUCUGAGGGUGUCCUCAACAUCAGACCAGGCUGCUGGCAACCACCAACCCAGACAGUUGGACAUUUCUUCUGGGAAGAGCUACAACUACAGAGCUCCUCCUAAAGACAACGAACAAAAGGUUCUCGUUCCACCACCCUCCCCAAAAGGCUACAAAGGUGAAAAGGGUGACAAGGGGAUGCCGGGAAUGAAAGGAGAUAAGGGUAUGCCUGGGAAGCCCGGAGAGCGUGGUGAGCCAGGGUAUCGUGGUCCUCAAGGACCUCGAGGUCCCCCCGGUAAAGACGGCAAACCUGGAUCGCCUGGUACGCCCGGCCAAUCCAUCAUUGGACCUCCCGGUCUGAAAGGAGACAAGGGCCCUGCGGGACCUAGGGGAUACACCGGGCCCCCCGGACCUCAUGGACCGAAGGGAGAGUCUGGAAAGCCUGGCCAGUCCAUUGUCGGCCCCAUGGGUCCGGCUGGGCCUCCUGGUAAGUACGGCGCAAAGGGAGAUCGAGGACCCGUAGGCCCCGUCGGUCCCAAAGGCCCCAUCGGUCCUCCUGGUUAUACGGGCAAGACGGGAGCCCCUGGAAAGCCUGGAGUUGCAGGACCACCGGGGAAGCCGGGAUACGAUGGAGGCCCAGGACCACAAGGCAUCCCAGGAGAGCCAGGUGCCCCUGGCAAGGACGGCUACCCGGGGAUCAAGGGAGAGCCUGGCCCGAUGGGGCCACUGGGACUGCGCGGACCUCCUGGAAUUCCCGGCAGGAACGGAAAGGACGGGCUGCGUGGUCCCAAGGGAGAAAGGGGCCCACCGGGGUGGAUUGGCUACACCGGAUUGCCUGGUCCCAGAGGGCUGCCGGGGCCUCCUGGAGUCCCGGGACCAGUUCGUCUCCUGGUCCCCAAGCUGACCUUCCGAAACUUGCUUUCCAUGAUGGUCAAGAAGACUUUCUUCAAAGUGAAUCCGUGGGGUCGCGAGGCUCGUUCAAUGAGAUUCCAAGACAGCGAAAAUCUACCUGGGCUACCUGAGAUAAACGUUGAUCAUCUUCUUCUGCGCGAGCAUAACCGUAUAGUAGGAGUGUUGCGUCAGAACCACCCUCUGUGGGAGGACGAGCGGCUGUUCCAGACGGCGCGCCGCGUGGUGAUCGCUCAGUGGCAGCACAUCACCUACAGAGAGUACCUGCCGCACAUACUGGGAGCCGACGCCGCAAGGGCCAUCUCACUCGCUCCGGAGGAUAGUGAUGUCGAUCCUACCGUGAGUGUCGAGUUCGCGGCGGCUGCUUUCCGCUUUUGGCAGCGUCCAAAGAAGGAACACCAGGAAAAGACACAGAAGGUUAUGCGCACCACGCGCUCUUUUCUUGACAUUCUGAGGAAAACUUCGACGCUGAAGGACUAUGCCAGUUUUGUUUCUGGGCCAUCGCCGACGCUAGAGCUGGCCUCCGUGGAGGUGCUGCGCGGCAGGGAUCUGGGUCUGCCGUCCUAUACGGCCAUCCGUCAGCUCUGCUCCGGACAAUCGGUGACUAGCUGGACAGAUCUGGAGACCGCCUUCGAGCGACGUCAGCUGGAGGAACUUCGUGCCAUCUACUCCAGCCCCGACGACAUUGACCUCUGGGUGGGCGGGAUGCUGGAGCGUCACGCACCCUCGGCCAAGGUGGGUCCCACCUUCCAGUGUGUGAUCGCUGACCAGUUUCGGCGGCUGAGGGACGGCGACAGGCUCUUCUACGAGCGCAGCCUGAGCGGAGAACAGCUGCGGGAGGUCCGCAAGGCCAGCCUGGCGCGCCUGCUCUGUGACAACGAGAAGGGUCGAAGGGACGUAGCGCCCCUCGUGCUGGAGCCACUCUCCAAGCGGAACCAGAUGAUGUCGUGCGAGAGUGAAAACAUUUCAAAGGUCAACCUGAGCGUAUUUUAAGACGAACUAAAGUAUGUCAUUCUUGUGCGACAAUUUUACGUUAGACGAUUACUUUAUAGCGGAAGCAGCUGAAUGUGAUAUAAUUUUAUUAGUCGGUGAAAUAAUGACCGUAAGACACAAUUUUGCCUGACGUUUUAUCACGUCUCUGUUUGAGGUUAACAAUUUACGUGACCAACACCAUUUCGUUACCCUAAAUUGUAAUCAUGUCGAAGUCGCCUGCAGGUAAUUGCAGCCUGUGUUAUUGUUUUGUUUU